AUGGCGCACGCGUCCGAGUACCUCACCGCGGUGCUCGCGGGCGCGGGCCGCGCGCCGCUGCCGUACGCGCCCAAUCACAAGCGGGACGUGUACGACCAGCUCAUGGCCGUCGUCGAGCUAGAGACGACGAGAGCGCUCGCGCGUCAGAUCAGAUCUGAUCUCAUCUCGCGCGUCCUUCCCUUCCCCCGAUCCGCGCGCGACCGAACCGACGUCUCGAUCGCUUCGCCGUGUGGUGUUAUCGAUUCCAUUCCUAAGCGCUCAUCCAUCGCGUCGCCCCCCCCGCGCGCCAAUUCGCAGAGGUAUCCGUCUCUGAGCGUCCGCGACGACCCGUUCACGCACAACGACGGACGCGUCGUGCAUCUCCUUCGCGCGGACGGCACCGUGCCGAUAUUUUACCACGGCGUCAAGUACAACAUCCCUCUCAAGGUGUACCUCCCCGAAAACUUCCCCGCGACCGCGCCCAUCUGUUACGUGCACCCGACGCCGUCGAUGAUCAUCAAACCGGGGCACACGCUCGUGGACGGCAGCGGGCUCGUGCGGUCGCGGUACUUGGACCGGUGGAACGUCCGAGCGGGGAGCACGAUCGCGGAUCUGUCGACGUCGUUGUCCGAAGCGUUUGGCGACGACCCGCCCCUCUACGCCAAGCCGGCGGGGACCUCUACGCGUUCAACACAGUCGCAGUCGCAGUCGCAGUCGCAUUCGACAUAUCCGGCGGCGAAUGCGAAUGCGGCGGGCGCGACGUAUCCGGCGCCGCCCGGCCGCGGGGGCGGACCGAGCUACCGCGCGCCGCACCGCCCGCCGCACCCUUCAGAGGCGACGAACGCGUACGGGUACCCGACCUCCGCGCCUGAGACGCGCGGUGGCGUCGGCGGCGUCGGGGAUCGAACCGCGGGCGCGGCGGGCGCGGCGGGCGCGGCGGCGGCGGUCGCGGGCGAGAGCGGAGGGCUCCUCGGGCAGCAGCGCCGGCUGCAGGAGCUCCAACGACGCCGCGCGGAGGAGGAGCGAGAGCGCGAGCAGCUCCGCGCGGACGUCGCGCGCGAGCGGGAGACGCUGCUGCGCGACGCCGCGCGCGCGGGCGCGGGCGCCGGGGGCCCCUCGCCGCCGCCGCCGCCGCCGCCGCCGCCGCCGCCGCCGCCGCCGCCGUCGACCGCCUCAGCCUCCUCCGCGUAUCCCUCCCCGCCGACGCGCGCGAACUCGUUCGGGGAUCGAACCGCGGCGGCGGCGGCGGCGGCGACGGCGGAGGCGACGUUUAAAUCCCGAGCCGUCUCCGCGUUGUCUUCGCGUCUGAGCGGAGAGCUCGAGCGCGCGCGAGAGGCGACGAACGCGGAGGCGGAGCGGCUUCUCGCGCUUCAGGCGGAGAUCGCGCGGCGACGCGCGAUCGUGGAGGAGGGGUUAGAGUCGCUGCGGAGGGAGAGGAGAGAGCGCGAGAGCAGGGUCGGGCGAACAGCUGCGGCGACGACGGCGCUGAGAGCGUGGCUUGAGGAGAACGAGUCGAAGCUCGUCGGGCUGAGCGACGACGGGGCCCACGGGGACGGGGAAGAUGGAACGUCAACCGCCACCGCCGCGUGCGACGCCGCCUUUCCGACCGAAGACGCGUGGAGCGAUCAGAUCCUGCGCGCGGUCGCGAGGGACAACGCGCUCGAGGACGCGAUGGACUGCCUGGACGAGGCGCGUCCACGUUUACACUGGUUCCCGUACGACCGCGUCGGCGCGAAUCUGGAGAGGCAGAAGAUCGACCUCGACGAUUAUUUGCGGCUCACGCGAACGCUCGCGAAGGAGCAGUUUUUCGCGCGCGCGGAGGCGAUGGCCGUGCGGAAGAAGCAGACUGAGCGGGGGGUCACGUCGGGGGUGAAGUUCGAUUGACGAGUAGACGUAGACGUGCGCGGAGGAACGCCGCCGCCGCCGAUGAUUUCUAGAGAUUUCGCUCAUCA